GAGCCCUUAAAAAACCUCGAAUUUGCUCGAACCACACGUGCGACAUCCUCUGGUUACAUUACAUUUUGACAGUAGAGGUUCGCGUAAUUGCGCACCAUCACCAACACCCGCAACGUUUUCGCGGUGUCGGUGAGAUCCCCUAAUUCUGUCUAAACAAACACCGAAACACGCAUUCUCCAUCUCUCUCUCUCUCUCUCUCUCUCUCUCUCUCCCAUAUUUUCAUAUUCACCUUUAUAAUUUCCCCUCUUUUAAUUCUUGUUUAAGAAUCGGAUUCAGAUUGCCCGGAUCGGAUCCCUUAUGGCGGCAUCGAGGCGGCUCCGGGACCUGCAAUCGCAGCCGGGGAACAAGAUCUGCGUCGAUUGUUCCCAGAAGAAUCCGCAAUGGGCAUCUGUGUCCUACGGAAUCUUCAUGUGCCUAGAGUGUUCUGGCAAGCACCGUGGCCUCGGCGUUCACAUUUCCUUCGUCCGAUCCGUUACCAUGGAUUCAUGGUCCGAGAUCCAGAUCAAGAAAAUGGAAGCUGGAGGUAAUGAAAGGCUUAACGCCUUCUUAGCUCAAUAUGGAAUCUCCAAAGAGACCGAUAUUGUUACUAAGUAUAAUACUAACGCAGCUAGCGUUUACCGGGAUCGUAUCCAGGCCUUGGCCGAAGGUCGACCUUGGCGGGACCCUCCGGUGGUUAAGGAAACCGUCGGUAGUAAGAAAAAGCCACCGCUGGCUCAGUCUGCUGCUGGAAGAGAUAAUAAUAAUAAUACCAGUUUUGGUAGUAAUAAUGGAGGAUGGGAUAGUUGGGACAAUGAUGAUUCGUUUAGAUCUUCGAAUGAGAUCAGAAGGAAUCAAUCCGCUAGCGAUUUUAGGGGUAAUAACGGUACUGGAAAUGGAGGUGUACCCGUGAGGUCUAAAUCAACCCAUGAUAUUUAUACUAGAGCGCAAUUGGAUGCUUCUGCGGCUAAUAAGGAGCGUUUUUUCGCUAAUAAGAUGUCAGAAAAUGAAUCACGGCCUGAAGGCAUCCCGCCUUCGCAAGGCGGAAAGUAUGUGGGAUUUGGAUCGAGUCCUGCACUUUCCCAGAAUAAUUCACAACCGGAUGUCCUAUCUGUUAUGUCUCAGGGUUUUGGUAGAUUAUCUCUUGUUGCUGCAUCUGCGGCUCAGUCAGCUGCGAAUGUUGUCCAAGCCGGCACGAAAGAGCUUACUUCCAAGGUGAAGGAGGGUGGCUAUGAUUACAAGGUGAAUGAAACUGUUAAUGUUGUUGCUGCAAAAACAACAGAGAUUGGACAAAGGACAUGGGGCAUUAUGAGGGGGGUCAUGGCUAUGGCCACUCAGAAGGUGGAAGAGUUGUCUAAAGAUGGGUGGAAGGCUGAUAACUGGCAACAAAAUGAAAGUGAAAGCAAUGGAUAUUAUCAGGAAUUUAAUAAACAAGAAAAUAAAGGAUGGAAUUCAUCAUCUGCUGGAGGACAAUCAUCAUCAAGCGGGAAUUAUAAUUCUUAUAGCUCAAGUUCUUGGGAUGAUUGGGAUCAAAAAGACGUUAGGAAGGAAGAUAGCACAAAGAGCACUGGAACACGUAGUAAUGAUGGUUGGGCUGGUUGGGAUGAUGGGAAGGAUGAUGGAUUUGAUGAUAAUUUCUACCAGCGUGAACCUGAUAAGAAAGCCGUUGGUCCUAACGGGAAAUCAGAUGACACAUGGACAGGAGGAGGAUUUCUUUAAGGUAGACCUGCAAUAUAUUUUUGCCAACAACGUGGUUGAUGCACAUAUGUUCGGCAGCUUGAAAACUGAUGACUGGUUGGUUGCAAUGACAUCAAAUUGGUGGAAUUGAAAUUAAGUUGACUGCAACUGAUUUCAAAGUGUUGGUUGCAGAUCAGAUCUGUUGUGAAUGGGGAAUGCUUUUGUGGAGGUUGGUAUAUUUGCUGCAUACUUAUGUUUUCUUUUUUCUCUCUCUUGUUUUUCCUCUUGUUUGAUCUCAAAAAUUUUAUCUACCUUUCUGAAAAGAUCUGGUACGUUUGAAAUUAGAUCAUAUAUAUAUAACUUUGAACAGGAAGGGCUAAUUUGCCCAAUCAAAGAGGACUGCAUUAUUUGUUUGAGGAAAACAUUAUUUGUGACUUGAAAAAUCAAAUUUGCUCUGUAUUUGUAAUGACCUAGCCAAUUAGUUUUCAUUGAUCUUCUGGGUUGUGCGCUUCUAAA